UUUAUUGUUAUUGUUAUUUAUAUCACAAAACUCACAAAACCAAUCGUUUUUGUUGCAUUGGCUUCAGUUUAGGACAGAGGCAGGUUUAAUUCUAAUUUAAUCAAUACAAUUUCAAUAAAGCAGGUGUAGAUUCGGAAACCGCGGCAUUUAGCGAUGUCCGAUUUCAGCUCGGACCCGGAGAGCGGACCUAGCUUCCUGACUGAAUCGGAAAGCGAACAUGAGUCCGUCUGGGGCGAGGAGACGGAACAAAAGGAAAUUGAUUACACUGCAGCGGCGAAGGAUAUAAUCUGCGAAGAUGUUAAUAUUACGAUCGAGAAUGCACUAAAACUGAACAGUGGAUAUCAUAACAUGCUCAAGGUUUUAAAGAACAAGCUUGAAAUACUGCUAGCCCACUGUCAGGAACGGCAGGUUGAGAUCGCGAAACAGAUUGACGAAUAUCGGAACAACAAGAAGCCACUGACGGGUAAGGCUCGAACGUCCGGCUACAUUUGUGGACAGCCAUAUUUCAAGGAUGAAGAUUUAUACCCGGGGCCACACAACGACGAUUAUCUGUACCGGAAGAACGUGAAAAAAGAAUUCUUCCCGUUGGAUUUGUUCGAAGUGACCGAUACCAACUGGACUGUUAAGGAUAAGGUUAAUAUCCUGAAAGGGGUUAAGACUCAAAUAGUUGAAUUUAUCGAGAUGGAGAAUCGGUUAAAAAUUAAAAAAGCUGGGAAUGGUUUGGUCGCGGAAACUUUGCGGCGCGAGAUAGUGUCUUUGAAGGGAAUGGACAUUAACGAUUUGUGGGAAAAAGUAAAAAACUUCCACAACGAAUAUCCUGGCCAGAAGUUUGAUAUUGAUUGGUUGCGAAUUUCGAAUGCCAACAUCAGCGGGCGUCAUUCGGUAGAGGCUUGCAUCGGCAUUUGGAAUAACUACAUGCUACCCGGGUUGGUGCGGGAUGCUUGGAAAACAGAGGAAGAAACUUUGUUGCUAGAAGCUGUUGAAGUGAACCGCCGGCAGGACUGGCACGCGAUUGCAAAAUGUGUUCCGGGUCGGUCUCCAUAUCAAUGCUUUGUUCAUUAUCAGACAACUUUUUCUGAUCUUGCGCAGAUUAAGCACGAGCGCUGGACCGAUGAGGAGGACGCACUUCUGGUGAGAUUGGUGGACGAAAAUCGAAUUGGAUCGAACAUCGUUUGGAACAAAGUUGUCGAGAAAAUGCCAUUGCGAAACAAAAUUCAGUGCUACAAUAGGUACAUGUUUACACUGAUGAGGCCUACGAAAAACGCUAAAUUCACACCGGAAGAGGAUUGCAUUAUCACUGCUUAUGUGCAAGAGUAUGGUGAUGACUUUCGGUUUGUUCCGCAAAGUUUGUUGCCUGGUAGGUCCAAUCGCCAGAUAUGGGCACGGUAUAACCAAACGUUGAAGUAUGUCAAUAAACAUGCUGGAUGGACAUUCGAGGAAGAUAUGCGUCUUAUGAACUUUAUCAAGGAGAAUAUUACCGACGAAGGGCCACGCAAAAUCUCUUGGGCGGCUUGUUCCAAGGUGUUGGGAAAUCACUCGCGACUUAGCUGCCGAACAAGAUACUACACCAUCGAAAAGUUCCUAGAUAAAAACCCCAACGCCACGUUGGACGAUGUCCCCCGCAAAGAUAAGAAACUCUCAUCCAAAGUUACCAACGAUAAUUGGAUGAAAACUAUAAUAGAUAUCAAGAAUGAACCUAAACCCGAGGAGGUGACCGAACAGGAGCAACCCUCCACCUCUUCCAGUAUUCCAAAGAAACACAAAAAGGUUCCUAAGGAGCCAAAAAUCUCCGCAUCGAGAAAAAUUCGUCCUUUUUCGGAUACUCUAAGAUGCACCUUCAAGAAACAGUUCUACGAAAAGAUGAAGUACUCGUUCCACUAUCGGUUCAACGAUGAAAAUAUCGCUAUGGAGAACUACAGAGUAAUUUCUAACAACAAGGUAAUAUUUAUGCUUCUCAAUUGUAUUGUUUCGCCGGAACGAUUGAGUGAAUCUGUUGAGUGGCUUACACCCGCAGAGAGAAAUCAUCUACAAGGCAUUAUUGGAAUGCAACUUAAUCCUGCUUUGGUAAACUUCUUACGAAGCGCUAUGUACUGUUUCUUGUUUCCUCCAAACUAUAACACCAUUCUCGGUUUACGAGGAGUCGUGCUGAAUGCCACCUAUCCCAAAGAACCCGAUAGUAGUCAGUGUGUCAAGCUGGAAGAGUUCGAUGAGGCAGGGUAUAGAAGUGCUCUUGAUACUUUUCGAGAUCGAUUUCGCAUGUUAUUCACGUGGACAAUGUUGCUGGUUCGACAAAAUCCUCGAGAGGCAGACUUCCAAACUAGUAACGACUACGCGGGCUUGUCUGUGGAAAAUUAUCAAUCGGAUGUCUUGCCCAGUAAACUUAUCGAAGAACAAAUAUCUUUGGAACAGCUUUCCAAACUGCACAAUAGCCCAAGAUUACCGUAUAGACGAAACCGCAAACCUUCCGUUAAAGAACCCGUCCACGAGCCAACAGUCUGCCUUGAUCAGCUUAAUCUAACAGGUCGGCCAUUUCAAAUGCAGUCUAUCCCAGAAGUAGUUUACAACGCUACCAUCAAAUCGAUGGAUGAAGAACCUCCAGAAGCGCCACCGGAUGUCAUCUCUGGAGACAAAUGUUUAUCCGAAACUGCUGAAGUCAGUUUCACACCUCAGCCAUUACCCGAGUAUCACCUCCAAUACAGUAUAGAAUUGGGUCAAACAGUUUACGUUGAGCCGGUCAUUCACAGUUCAGUACAAGACGUAGCUCCUUCAUCCAUUUUUAAAAUCAGUCAACCGGAGCCUGCGACAAAUCACAUGAACCUUGUUAACCAAAUCACCGUUAUUGAUCCUGAAAGCCUGCCGGCCGCUCAAACACCGAGUGAACCGUCUGAACAACUGCCCUCGCCACGACCAUCACCGUCACAGCUUGCAUCCCCAUUGAAUGCUGAACCAUGUCAAAUGCUACCGCUUGAUGAAGAAAAAGCUGCCGAACUUGCACGGCCGGUCGACGAAUCCGUAAUUCGACUUGAAAGGUAUUACAAUGAGGAAGCGGAUGAUAAUAAAAGUGAUAUUGAGCCUGACGAUCAGCAACGUCCGUCGCCGGUGCAAAGCUCGGGCGACGAGUUGGAAUCGGAGAUGAUUAUUGAAGCUAUCGGUGAUUACACGGUCACAACAACCUGUGGUGAGUUGAACUCAUCCACCGCAGAUUUAACCACUGAUGCACGAACCGAAGAAAUCGAAUCUCAAAACUGUUCGCUGCCUAGUUCAGCAGAAAUCACCGGUGUAACUAAUGUGAGUGGUUUCGUCAUCGAAGAAUUGAACGAACCGAAAAGUGUUGAGCCAGCUGAAUCUUUGCAAUAUUUAGACGAACCAUUAGAUCUGCACGUUAGCAGCAAACCAAAGGUUGAAUCCACGUCGGAAACAUCCAACGAGUCACCUUGGUUCAGCUUAGAGCCGAAAUUGUGUAAUUCUGAAGCAUCGGUAGGGGACGCUGAAAGUUCACUAAAAUUAGAUUCGGAUAGCUACCCGGAGCUAGUAAAAGUUCCUAAAAAGACCUACAGCCGAGUAGGUCGCAAUACGCUGAACCAUAAGGUUAAGCAAGAGGCUAACCAAAGCAAGCCUGAACGCUGGUGGCGAUGGACGCACGUGGAUGAGGCUAGUCAUGAAGAUGUAGAGCUGCAUCGUGAGUUGUGGAAAAACAGUGACCCGAUCCGAGGACGCUUUAGACCGCCGGAAGGCGAUGAGAAGAAAGACGAGGUAAUUGUAAUAGACGAUGAUGAAGUCGAAAUCAAAGAAGAACCUCCUGAUGUGGAAGAUACUGAGGAGAUUGUGAAAAUGCCGGAAGACACAGCAGACAACACUGUGGAUGAAUCAUGCAUUCAACAAAUUAUUGAAACAGCUAGUAAUAUACUGCGCAUCACCGAAACGUAUAAAUUAAUAACUAAACAGAAUCCAAGAGUGGAAUCUUCCGGAUUUUCGGAGUCAAACCCUGAACCAACGCCUCCUACGCCUGUUCAUAUGACGAAAUCUGGCUCUUUGAUCGUUCAGACGCCUUCUAGAAUCUUUGAUGAGCAGACAAACUGUUAUUAUUAUGUGGAUGAAAUUCAGGAGGAUUCAGCGAACGAUGCCAAAGUACCUGUAGUGGAAAUUCCACAAUCGUACCCUGAACAAUCAGAGCGAUCAACUCUAGAAGACAUUGUACGAAAUUCUCUAAACCUCCGUUAUCCGGUUGUGCCCGAGUUUGAAGCUCCUCGGCGUGUUUUGUCUCCUCCACGGGAACCCUCUUAUGAAAUAGCAUUGCAGAGCCCGCAAUCUCAGCCGUCUCCGAGCACGUACAGCAGAACAAAAGUUAAAAACCUUCCUCCAUCCAAAUCUCAGCAAACUGAGUCACGCUUCCUAGAACGACCGCCGCCCGAUGUUCCCCGAAUACGACAACCCAAGCGUCCGCCCCGGGAUUACACGAAACCCUCGCCAGUUGAUCAAAAACGUGCGCUUACCCUACUAGAUGAGUUAUACCGAAAGCCUCGUUUGCUUCCGAUAUUUCCAAAUAGACAUCCGAGUCCAUCAAUGUCGGUCAGUCCACCGUGUGAACCAGAAACGACAACAGCAACAGUGCCAAAGAUAACACAAACAUUCACCACCGUACAGUCGUCACAAGAACCGCAAUCUUCCUGCGAAUCACCUGAAGAUUUAUCAUCUAAACGCAGCAAAACGAACAAGCGGCCUACCUCGCCAUCGCCAAUCCAGCCGGAUCCGAGCGUUGACGAUUUUUUGCAACGUAUAGACGGAUCUCUCGACGCCGUCGAUAUUAUUGAUGCUUUAAAUAGGAUGAGCAAACGAAUCAAAAUAGAGGAGGAAUGUGACGAUGACGAUUAUUUCUCGGGCGAGGAACUACACCAAUCACCGGGAGAGGAGCCGUUGAACAGAGGAGAUUCUCGUUGCGUUGAUCGUACAUCAGAAACCACUGUAUUACGGCCGCCAACGAAGCAAGCGAUGCCGCCUUCACAAACUCCUGCCACCGUCACUCAGCAGAUGGUUAGGACCAUCAUCGAAAGUACUACCGGUCGGCCGGCCUUGGAUGUGCAUUUCAAGGUCGCCGGCAUCACCAUCAAGAAAGUGCAACAUAAAUGAUAGUCAUUGUUGUGAAAAUGGGAAUAAAAAAAGAACUAAAGCCGAUUUGUUUCCACAUUGUC